UAAAACAAAUUCAAAGCUGUGUGUAGCUCAGGUGUUGGAGUUAAACAGUGGAGUUAAGAAUAAAAGUUGAAAUAAUCAUUAUAAAAAUAUUGAUGCAAUAUUUUUACAAUAUAAAUCAUACAUUUAUAUAUAUAUACAUAUAUAUAUAUAUAUUUUUUUUUUCUCAGAGGAUAAAAACCUGACUUAUCAUCUUAGUAGUGUACUUACUCGAUGUAAAGCUGUGAUGCUGCUUAUGGGCACGUUUAUACCCCGCUGGACCCCUGAAACAGUUUUCCACUUUAAGUUAUAUAAGUGGUGGUCACAUGAUCUACAUGAUGGGGGUAUGAGUUUAUAUUUUAUGAGAAGAGUAACUAACUAUGAGAAGUAGCCCAGCUCUGAAACAGGGCAGUACAGGUGAGGGCACUGGGUGGUGCUGUUUAUUUAGGCUGCUAUUCGUUUUUUGUUUUUUGGGGGUUUUUUUGGUCUGAAAUGUUGCCAAGAUUUUUUUUAUAUAUAUAAAUAAAACGAAUUUGAAAUGAAUAAUGCAAAUUAAACACUGUCUGAAUUAGUUUAUAUUUGAUUAUAUUUAACUCCUACAAAUAAGAUAAACAGAAACUCUCUCAGUGUUUCUAUGGUUCUCUCCCGCAUUGUCAAUAAGCGCCUCCAUUGGUCGUCUUACGCUUUUGUCUGACCAAUCAGCGCAUUGUUGCUAGGCCGUCACGUUGUUUUGAUUGGCCGUCACGACUGUCACUCGGCGCGGAGGCGGGGUUUUGAGGCUGAUGCGCCACCGUGCUGUAUGUAUUUACAGUGUGCGGUUAGUGGAUGUGCGGGAGAAACGACGCUUCGGUGGAAAGUUCAUCAGCUGAAAAAUGGAAGAGUCGUGCUGUGCGUGAGUUCGGGGUCGCAUGCGGGAGGAGAAUACAGGACUAAAAAGGGUCUUUUUCAUUCAGAGUCUUUUCAAGGGAGCCAAGGCAGAGCAUAUCUAUUCAACUCUGUGGUGAAUGUUGGCUGUGGGCCGGCGGAGGAGAGAGUGCUGCUGACAGGUCUACACGCUGUGGCCGACAUCUACUGUGAAAAUUGCAAAACCACGCUGGGCUGGAAAUAUGAGCAUGCCUUCGAGAGCAGUCAGAAGUACAAGGAGGGCAAGUUCAUUAUUGAGCUGGCCCACAUGAUCAAGGACAACGGCUGGGACUGACGAGCUGCUAUGGAGGAUCUGCUGGAAAGGGACGUGUGGCAUAUGAAUCUGAACUUCUGCAUCUGCCAAUAGCUUUUCGCUGGAAAACCCACCCAACCCAAAACAUGUACACACACCUAGGCCCUGGAGGGUGUGAGGUUUAUAGCAUCAGUUGCUGUCUCUCUUGUCUCUGUACGCGUGAUUGCGGGAGUGUGCAUGUGAUCGUCAACGUGGCGUGGAGAGUUCGCACUGUAACCGAAUCAGGCGCUCUGUUCAGCACUGUGUUCAGUGUGUCCAGUACUUACUCGGGCUGCUGGCCGAGGCUCCAACAGACCCCCCUCUGGACCCGCUCACAGUUUCCCCAAUGGCUGGACCCAUGGAGAACAAACAGGUGAACGACAAAUAUACAGCUUGAUUGAUUGACGAGUGACGUCCCCAAACCAGAGCGCUCUACAGCGACAUCUUUCUCUUUUUUUGUUCGUUUGCACAUGAUUUAUUUAUACAUGUAUUUAUUGACUUUGGAUUUGAUUUCUUGUCUGGUCUGGGGCACGUAACCCUGUGCAAACUGCAGUGGUUCAAACCCUGACUGUGUUUUGUAGUAGUGACCUUUGAUGAGGAUCAUUUUCUGUGUUGUUGUUCAUUUUUUUUGAAUGUGUGUAGUGAUUGUUAUACAUGUGGGUCAGUAAAAGUAGACGAUGUAACAGGUUCACUUUCCCCUCAGUUUUCGUGGAUCUCUGACUAGUGCUGGUGAGCGAGGGUGUGUCGUCUGCUUAUAUAGUCUAUUGUUAACAGGGCUGGACUGGUAAUCUGGCGUACCGGGCAUUUUCCCCGUGGGCCGACAGUCCUCAGGGGACGAUGCUGUAUAGAUCUGUUUUGAUUUUUUUUUUUUUCCAUUUUUUUCAAAGGACCGGCCCACAAUAUAGAGGGGACGGCCCAUUGGCCCAUCCUCAAUAUAGACAGUGGACUGAACCAAUCAGGAUAUAGGACGAAGAUCACAGACAUGCUCAUGCUCUGGAGGUAAUGUUAGUAACAUUAGGAUAACCCAGGGACUUUGAAGUAAUGGAGGUAACGUUAACUCUAUUACAUGAGAAUGAUGAGCAAUGGCGAUUGAUUAGUAACAAUAUGAAUCGGUAUUUGCAUAUUUCCCAAAAUCUGGUAGUCGUGCCCCCUUAUUCUGAUAAAAAAGCAAACGGUCAAGACUGAGAAGUGCUGGAUGAGCAUCAAGUGUCCAUUUUAUGCUGCAUCAUAGAGUUUUAGAUAUUUAGGUUAAAGCUGUGCUGAAAGGCUGCAUAGUAGUUUGAAUUUGUAGCCUCUAUGCUGUGGUUCAACAUGUUUUAAAAAGCACUAAAACAAGUGAAAUAACAGAUUUUAAAACUGAAAAAUGAUAAAUAAAAGCAAUUUAAGCAUGACUAAAGUAAGUGUAAAAAAGUAUUAAAGUAAUAUUAGCAAAAUAUCUGCCCACCCUGAAUAAGAGUAAAACAGUGUCAAAUGCUUUUAAGACAUAAUUCAUAAAGCAGCCCUGUUUGUAGCCUGAUACAAAUACAUGUUAUAGCUGUUUAAAGAGGAAGCACCUUUAACCUGAAGAAUCAGAAUUGAGCUGUUAUAUCAGAGAAAUUCAGAAAAUACAUAUUAGAAAUUAUUUCAAUAAAAAGGAUAAAACAUCAAUUGAACUACACAGAGCAGACUAGUGCUGGGCAGUAUGACCAAAAAUGUAUAUCACAGUAUUUUUUAAGAUUCUGGCGGUUUUACAGUAUAUCGCUGUAUUUUUAUUAUUAUUUAUUUAUAUAUUUUUGAAUGACUGUGCUUUUAUAUAGGCUGUGACUUACUCUACUGUUUGGAGUAUAUAUAAUAUCAAACACUUAGGCUUUAAAUUAAGGCUCUGAUUAGUAUUGGGUUUACUUUGCCCCACAAAAGAAAAACAGCUAAAGAACAGCAGACCUUUAACAUGGUUUCCUUUACAAAACUAAAUAUUUUAAUAAAUAAUUUAAGACAUUAGAACCAUUACAUUGAUUUAAAAUCAGCCACAAUUCCCUACUUUCACCCAGCCGGGAACAGCGAGUUAGAGUGACGGUAUUUGAACACCCAGCAUGUGUUUCUACGGUUCAAAAUUUCACAAUGGUAUACCGUAUGAACCGUAUACCACCCAGCACUACACUAAACUUCUUAUAUUUAAUAUGUUGAUGAUACAUUAUGCUUCUUUGUAACCCCACAUGAAUGAAUUGUAAGUCGGUUGUGCACCGCUAAUUAUGAGGGGCCGGUCUACACAAAAAUGCCAGGGCCGAUUUUUGGUCCCAGUCCAGCCCUGAUUGUUAAGAUAAACUGCCAGUGAUUUUUAAUCUAAGCACUGUAUGCUUAAGCUUAUUGUAACUGCUUACUGUAGAAGCUAAGGGGCAACUUCUGAACCUUCCUAUUGGCUACUGCUUUGAACAGUGGUGCUUGAAAAGGUGUAAAUCCUUUAGAAUGUUCUGCAUAUUCUGCAAUUUCUGCAUAAAUCUGACUUAAAAAAAACCCUUAAUUAAUAAAUGUUCAUAAAAGUUCACAUUGGCCAAUUACUUCUUGAGGAUAAUAUAAAAAAAUCUAAAGACUUUCAAGCCCCACUGUACACUUUACUUGUUGAUUCAGUUGGUUUGCUUUUCUUACACAAGUGUAGAGAAACCAGAGGGAUCGUAUAGCAGAAUGAGAACAGGUUCAGAAAGGCCUGUCUCUCUCCACACAUUUAUAAUCACUGUGGACUGAGGCUUUUCCACAGCCUGUGAUGUCUUCUGCUUUCAGAUCAGUACUCUGAAUAAAACCAGUAUGAAUUACAGUUACAGUUACAAUAAAAUUCCCCACCAAGUUAUCAGAGAUUUAUAUAUAUAUAUAUAAAAGGUGAUAAACUAAACUCAGCACAACCAAAGACUUCUCAACACUACGCUGACCAAACUGUGAUUUCUACAUCCAGCUGAAGUUGCAUUGCUUUGUGUAGAGUCCUAAAUUAAGUUUGAUUUUUGUUUUUAUUUCAGUCAUAGUUGUUUUACUUUAAAGUAACCGUUUUGAACGUGCGCAUCACUCGAUUACAUGUUAGCGUGUUCAGUGUAUAUUUAUUAUUUGGUUGUUAUUAUUGAUUAUUGGUUGUUUUAGUACAUGAUGUUGUUGUAUUGUCUGUGCGCUGAUCCCACUGUGGGGGCUGUUAUAAUUCCAACUUUUUUACACUUCAAAAACGAUUACUUUAGCAUCUUUUCUUAAACAGGGAACUACAGUAUAUAGGAGAUUGAAUCAGUUUGUUUAAAUCUGAUAUCAAUAAAGCUCAUUUUAAGAAUG